AUGUCUAUGAAACUUCUAGCCCGGAGCGGGCUUGUUCGCAGCCAGAUUGCAGCUACAGCACACACCUCCCCCGCACGGAGAUGGGGUAGCUCUAUCUCGCAGCGGCCUGGGUCGGACAGUGUUCGCUUUCCCGGCGCGGUUAAUAGCAAGUUUACCACCGACAUGACCUUCCUCAAAGCCUCGGAUCUGCCCGCUAUCCCUACCUACCGAGUGUUGGACUCGGAUGGCGAAUUGGUCGAUAAGACAAGACCGGCACCUGAUGUUACCGAUGAGGAAGUAUUGACGUGGUACAAAAAUAUGCUGUCUGUUAGCGUCAUGGAUGUGGUCAUGUUCGAGGCACAACGGCAGGGUCGACUGAGCUUCUAUAUGGUUUCCGCCGGCGAAGAAGGUAUCACCGUGGGAUCUGCCGCCGCCUUAACACCAGACGAUGUGGUGUUCGCACAAUACCGUGAAGCAGGAGUAUUCCAGCAACGGGGAUUUACAUUAAAGAAUUUCAUGAGUCAAUUGUUCGCCAAUUGCAAUGACACAGGACGGGGCCGGAACAUGCCCGUCCAUUAUGGACAAAACUACCCUCGCAUGCAUACGAUUUCAUCACCUCUAGCAACCCAAAUUCCCCAAGCCGCAGGCGCAGCCUACGCUCUAAAACUCCAAGAUCUCCAAAACCCCAACCGGGAUCCACGCAUCGUGGCCUGUUACUUUGGCGAAGGCGCCGCCAGUGAAGGAGACUUCCACGCCGCACUCAACAUCGCCGCAACAAGAUCAUGCCCGGUAGUCUUCCUAUGCCGGAACAACGGCUACGCAAUCUCAACCCCAACAUUGGAGCAGUACCGGGGCGAUGGAAUCGCAAGUCGAGGCGUAGGAUACGGAAUCGACACGAUCCGAGUGGACGGCAAUGACGUCUUUGCCGUACAUGAAGCAAUGAAAGAAGCACGCCGUCUAGCUCUCAGCGAUGGAGGACGUCCGGUGCUCAUCGAAGCCAUGAGCUACCGUGUCUCGCACCACAGUACCUCGGAUGAUAGCUUUGCAUACCGUGCCCGUGUUGAAGUCGAGGACUGGAAGCGUCGCGAUAAUCCCAUUAUUCGGCUGCGGAAGUGGCUUGAGAACCAGGGACUCUGGAAUGAAGAAAAAGAGAAGGAGACGCGGGAUGAGAUGCGCAAGGCUGUGCUUAAGGAGUUUGGAGAGGCUGAGCGUGAGAAGAAGCCGCCUUUGAGGGAGGCUUUUAGGGAUGUUUAUGAGGAGAUUACUGAAGAGCAGCGUGAGCAAAUGUCGGAGCUGAAGCGGAUUCUGGAGACUUAUCCUGAUGAGUAUGAUCUACGGCCUUACAAGGACGGGGCUAAGGGGUUGGACUGA